AUGGCCGGCGUCUCUCUCAAGUGCGGCGACUGCGGCGCCCUCUUGAAGUCUGUGGAGGAAGCUCAAGGGCAUGCCGAGCUCACCUCUCACUCGAACUUCUUCAAGUCCACCGAGGCCGUCCUCAAUCUCGUCUGCAGCUCCUGCGGGAAGCCCUGCCGAUCCAAGACGAUUUAUACUCUGUCAGGAUUUCUCAUGGAGGGAGAGACGCUAUCGGCCGAUCAAAACCUGCCGAGGGACAACAAGACGCCUCGUGUGUCCUCAGUUCUCCGUGAACGUGAACGUGAACGCAAUGCAAAAGUUUCUCUAGUUCCCAUGGACUGGUUCCUGCCUGACGACCUAUCGGAACAGAUCCUAGCCUGCCUCCCGUUCGCAGACCUUGUCAGAGCGGGCGCUGUUUGUACUCGGUGGCGUGGAAUUAUAACUUCUAGGAGUUUUCGGAAGAAACUGUUGCACGGUGUAUCGCGGAGACCAUGGUUACUUGGACCCCAUGGACAUGCUUAUGACCCUGUCUACAACGUCUGGUACGAGCUCGAUCUACCCAGAUUCAAAUUAUUCAGUGCAUGCAUCGCCAAAGUUGUAUCUUCCACUGGCUUGAUUUCUGCAUUGGGCAAAGGUAAGGAUGGUUUCGCCAGGUUAUAUGUCUACAACCCUCUUACGAGAAGACGGAGAGAAAUUGCGCGGUCCCUGAGGGUGGAAGAUGUGAUUUGCACCCCCCUUGCAAUCACGGUUAGUAGGACAACACCAAGUUAUAGAGUCUCAAUCGUGACUACAAAAGAUCUCCCUGGGGUUCCGGUCGGACGGGAACUUUCGAUUCGUCUCUACAGUUCCCAACCAAGGAUGUGGGUGACUUGCAUGACAGAGGUCUUGAUAGGUUGGAGAAGCGGUUACGAGAGUGUAAUCUGUGACGGGGUUCUGUAUUUCUCAAUUUAUCAAACGGGGUACGUUUCACCUUGGCACGGCGAUGGCCUGGUGAUGUAUGACCUCUCCGGACGAUGUUCCAAUGACUUGCUAGCAAGCUUUGUUCCGGUUCCUUGCCCUCUCCCACGUGGAUGUCUGAUGAACAUGAAGGAGAAGCUAGUUUUGGUUGGGGAUAUCAGCGAAGAUGAUCGAGCAUCUUUCAUGUCAAUGAAGGGAGUCGGCAUUUGGGUCUUGAAUGGCAGGGAGUGGCAUGAGAUUGCUCGCAUGCCUGAUGAUCUUUUCCUAGGAUUUGGAUCUGAUCCUUGGAUAAGAAGUUCUGGCUUGAAUGAUCUGAUAUACAUCCUGAGCGAACGUGGUCCUUAUGUUGUUACUUUCGACAUGAACCAGAAACAAUGGUCACGGAACAGCCUUGACAAGGUCCCUACCGACGUAUGUGAUUGCUGUUGCUUCGAACCGUGGCUCGAAAUUGCUCCAUAA